AGACACCACUGCACCGCCAUGUCCCGCGUCGUGCCGAUCCAGGCCCUCCACACCGCCGGCGACUUGACCGCCGCCCCAGCGCCGUCCCCCGCCCACGGCUCGCCAACGCCGACCGACGUCGAGGCCGGCGCUGGGGACGAGAAGACCAAGCGCGAUGCCGACGACGCCGCGUCGCUCGCGUCCGCCGAGAUCGAGCAGGGUCUCGGCGUGACCAAGAUCGAGGCGCUGUACCUCGUGUUCGGCAGGGGAUGGAAGCUGUUCCUCCUUUGGUUCUCGGUCGGUCUGAUCGCGUUCGCCUACUCGCUCUCCCAGUCGACUACCUAUGUCUACGCCCAGUUCGCCACGUCGUCCUUCGGCGAGCACACGCUCGUCGGCACGAUCGCCGUCGUGACGGGCAUCAUGGCGGGCGUGUGCCAGCCGUUCAUCGCCAAGAUGGCCGACCUGUUCUCGCGCCCCGUCGCGCUGAGCAUCAGCGUGUUCUGCUACACGCUCGGGUACAUCAUCAUCGCUAGCGCGGGCAACAUCAAGAGCGUUGUUGCUGGUCAGGUCAUUGCGCAGCUGGGCCAGACGGGCAUCUACCAGAUCCAGGGUAUCCUCAUCGCCGACAUUACAAACCUCAAGUGGCGUGGCUUUGUCAGCGGUCUCUACUCGCUCCCCUUCAUCCUCAACGCCUUCAUCGCCGGCUACAUCACCUCGGGCAUCAACGGCCUCUCGCAGACCGGCUGGCGAUGGGGCUACGGCAUGUUCUGUAUCCUCAUCCCCGUGUGCCUGGUCCCCUCUCUCAUCGUCCUCUUCUGGGGUGACCGCCGCGCAAAGAAGCUCGGAGCCCUCUCCCUCGCGUCCUCGACCCACGCCCGCCAGAUGAUCAUGGAGCGCCGCGAGCCCACCCGCCGCACCAUUGUCCAGAACAUCAUCCACCACCUCAACCUUAUCGAUGCUAUUGGUCUCCUCGUUCUCGGCUUUGCCUUUGCCUGUCUCCUUGCCCCUGCGACUCUGUCUACCUCGGCCAAGGGCGGCUACGCGAACCCUUCGCUCAUCGCCAUGUACUGUGUCGGCGCUGUCCUCUUCGUCGCUUUCAUGGUCUGGGAGUUCAAGUAUGCCGCGCACCCCAUCAUGCCGCGCCGUGUCAUGAACCGCACCUUCCUCUGCUGCAUCGCCAUCGACUUCCUCUACUUCUUCACGGGCUACCUCACGGACGCAUACUACAUGUCGUUCGUGUACAUCAUCAAGCCCGAGUGGUCGGCCAAGAACUACACGUACUUUGGCAACACGCUCACUGUCGGCCUGUGUCUUUUUGCGGUCGUCGGCGGCGCGAUCCAGCGCUACACCAAGCGCUACAAGGCGCUCCAGAUCACCGGACUCGUCCUCCGUGUCCUCGGUGAGGGCAUCACCUUCAUGGCCGUCAACGGUAACCAGAAGGACGUGACCCUCGUUAUGGGCCGUGUCCUCAUCUCCAUGGGCGGCGGCAUCACCGUCACCUCGACUGGCGUCGCCUCGGCCGGUUCCGUCCCGCACGCCGACAUGGCGCUCGCCAUGGCCAUCCUCUCGCUCUGGACGCAGCUCGGCGGUUCCGUCGCGUCCGCCAUCUCGGCCGCCGUGUGGGACCGCAACGUGCCGCGCAACCUCGAGAAGUACCUCGGCGACCAGUACAACGCGACGCAGCGCGCCGAGAUCUUUGGCUCGAUCCUCGUCGCCCGCGCGACCGAGCCCCACGACCUCGUUAACCGCGCGUACACCGAGGCCAUCCGUCCGCUGUACAUUGCUGCCCUUGCCACCUGCUUCCUCGCCCUCGUGGCCGGCUUCAUGACCAAGGAGUUCUACCUCGGCGACGCGCACAACAUUGUCGAGACCAACAAGGAGAUCAAGAUGCGCUCCAAGGACGAGACGAGCGACGAGGCCAUCGCUGCCCGUGUGGCCCAGGUCGAGGCCAAGAUCGAGCACCAGAUCGAGAAGGGCAACUAGUAGCUCUAUACAUUAGAUUACAUGCAGGGUUAAUGUUAAUACGC